AUGCGCCCACCCCUCACAAAACGCGCCUGCGAUGAAUGCAUCGCCCGAAAGGUCAAAUGCAGUGGCGCCUGGCCCUGCAAUACGUGCUCCAGCGGCCCGAAACAGGUCCCCUGCACGUACCUCAAGCCGGCCCGGCGACGGGGCCCCAAGAUCCGGCGCGUCGCGGCGUCCGAGAACAAUGCCGGUCGGAUGCGACGGCGGUCGCCCGCUGAAGAGUCAUCGACUCGUGUUGCUAGAACUGCAGAGCCUGCUUCUUCGCGGGCAGAUGCACCAACCCGUUCGACGGUCGCGUCGUCGGUGCUGGUCGCCGUGGUGCGGCGGUAUCGCGACGCAUCGUUUAGCGUCUGGCCCGUGGUGAACGCGGAAGCGUUGCUGUCGCGGUUGGAGAAUCGUCCGAGUGAGACGCUGGACCGCCGCACGUAUGCCCUUGCAGCCGCGCUCUGUGCUGCGACGAUGGCGCAGCUGCAAAUGGUGCCGGUGGAAGAUGCCGACGGGCCAGUGGACAGUACGGUCCUAGCUGGGGAAAGCAUGCGCGUGCGCGAAGCGAGUAACUACCGUGAGAAUCUCGACGCGAGCAGCGUGCUCGUGUCGUUCUUCCUGCAUGUGUAUCAUGCGAAGAUCAACCGGCGCAAUGCGGCCAUGAUGUUCAUCCAGGAGGCGCUCUCGGGCGCGCGUAUCCUGCGACUCGAUGAGACGGUGGACGGGGAUGAGGCUUGUGGCGAUGAUGUGAUUGUCAAUCGGGAGGUCUUGUUCACGCUACUGUGGGUGUCGGAAAGGUGCGUAUAUUUUGCGAUGUCAGGUUCUACUGGACGGCUGGGCUAA